CACCAGAAGCUGCUGGGUGUCGCCACCGGAAGCGGUGACUCAGCGACACAAGUCGCCAGCAGAGGCAUGAUCAGUGGCGAGGUGGUUGUGCAGCAGCUUAGAAACCGACUUAGUAACCCUAUCUAAACCUUCGUCGUUCAUUUGAAAUUCUCAACGAAAAAUAACAAACGACCUUAGUAGUGUUGAGAAAAAGUUCUGAUUCCGAAAGUUGGUAAGUUUUCCGAUUUUAGUUUAGUUUUAAGUAAUCGUCGAUUAGUUUCUAAUUAAGUAGGUUACAAUGUGUUAGAUAACUGCUUAAGAUGAGUGAGAUACCUAUGGAACCAAGGAGUAGUAGAAUGAGUCGUUUCCCGAGAAUGCGUGGAUCUCCGAUUGUGAUACGGGGACGCGGUCGAGGCCGUGGUCGUGGAUCCAGAGGUGGGAGGAUCUCUAGUCCACCAUUGGACAGGUUCGAGUACCGGCCUAUUAUGGAGGCAAGUUUCUCGGAGUUAUCGCAGUGGAAUGCUGAGGCAGGACCUAGUGUUCCGGCGCUUGAUCGUGAGGUUUCUCCGAUUGCACCGUGGAGGGUGAUAGAUCAGAGCACUCUCGAGAGCAAGACCGGACCGCGCGAGGAUAGUGGUAUGAUAUCUUCAUUUACGAACAAUUCUGAUCAUGAAAUAGAGAUCGUGGAGGCACCUAUUCCAACCAUUGACAUGGAUGAGUACGAAAUGGUUGAAUCCAAGCGUGAGACGGAUGAGACUAUGUGGGAGGAUUAUCUUAUUCUUCCGGAUAGUCCCGAUUUGACCCUUCCCGGAUUUGGAACCAUUAUUUCUCCGGUAGUGGUGCCAGAUGAUGAUGAGGAUCAGAUUGUUCCAAGUGAGCCGGUGGUAUCGCCCGUGGUGCCAUCGUUCAAUUAUCCUUCCCUCCUGGACUAUCUACUUGCAGCGUUUUUGCGGGAGAAUGAUACUAUCAGACGGGGAGACACCCCGAAGACUGAUACAGAGGCGCCAAUGAUUCCGAGACCUGCACAGUGGGAGCCGUAUUGCUACACGUGUGGUGAGAUGGGUCACUACCCGAGUUCGUGUCCAAUAGUCAUGGUGGGGCCUUCGGAGGCAGCGUCUCGGCAAUUUGCUCCUGCAACUACUCAUGCAUCCACAUCAACCGUGAUAGAGGACUACUGGUCUAGGCCAGGAUGUCCGUGUAGGAAGUGUAGGUAUAGAUACGAUUCACCUGUAGUGGGUCUAAGGCGAAGGUAUGUAGGGUGUUAACCCUUUGUUUUUGUAAAAUAGUGGCUUUAGAAGCCUAGCUAGAUGAAUAAAGCCCUUCGCCUAGC